AUGACCGGUCAAAAUCAAUAUCACAAAGUAGAAUCGGAGGAGCUGCUCGAAUAUCGAGGAUCCCAUGAAAGCGACGAUGCGUAUGAUCGAUUCACAGCUCCAAAACGUGGUUUAAUUCGUCAUGCUAUAAGCUAUACUGCCCUAAUACUUUGCAACAUUGCAAUGCUUGGACUUUGGCUUCAUGCUCGCCAGUCUCACCUCGUUGAGGAUGACCAAUGCGUUCGACCAAAGUUUACUUGGUGUAAGAUGUCAUGAUACCCUGUAGCAUAGAACCAUUUUCCUGACCUUUUGACUAGCUGGACCAAGAGAUGCCGGGGCAACCAAAUAUGAACGGGCUCAUAUGACACGCCCCCUCGAUGAUAAUCCUUUUGUGGGCGGCCCACGACCUGAGCAUGAUGAGGCUUGGGGUAAAUUGGUAGAGCCCAUGAUCAUUAAGCUUACACCAGAGGAGUAUGAGAAUGCGAACCUUGGGGUAGAGACAAUCGGUUUCGCCGAUGGAUCAGGGUAUCUGGGUGAGUUGGCAGUAUACCAUGAGCUGCACUGUGUCAAGCGCAUUAGAAGACAUUUGCACUUGAAGCACUAUUACCCCGAUCUAAGUGACAAUGAUUACAGAAUCGAGGGUAUACACAUUGGUAUGUUUCACCUGCGAUUUUUCACCUCUUCCAUCUCUACUCGCAAAGUUAUAUACUCUCUCAAGUUUCCCGGCUAAUAGUGGCGCUACAGAGCACUGUCUUGAAUACUUGCGUGAAGCAGCAAUGUGCCAUGGAGAUCCGACCGUAGCCACCAUGUUUUGGCGUGACGCACUUCCAACUUCACGCGCCCAUUCCGACCAUGAGUGCGUCAACUGGGAUUCACUUGACUCGUGGGCACGAAGCAGAUCAGUCCUGGUCACAAAAUUGGUAGUGGAAGAACUGGUAAGUUGCAUGUUGUUCUCGAUUAUUACAAUACAAGUCCAAUAUCUUCCAUGGUGAUACAAAAAGAAACUCCUGACAUGAGCAUGCAGAAUCAAACACACAGGUACGAUUGGAUUAGAACACCCCAAGGCAAGACAGUGUGGAGAGAGCAGCCCGAAUUGAUAGUUGAACAUCCUUGAAGCUAGAAGUAGCUUUGUUCUCUUAGCUAGUUCGAUUGGGAGAGGGAUUUCCGGUGAUAAGCUACAUUAUUUUAGACUUCUGAUGGACUAUUGAAUAUCAAGGGAUUUUAGCCAGUACUCUACACCAAAUACAGUCUUGAUUGCAAUC